AAUUAUGGUAGGAAUUUACACAUUGUCUGUCUGUAGUAAAGUGAUCUUCUGUGACAACGAAAUAGUAGAUGCAAGAAAAAGCGUGGGAUUUGAGAGACAGCCAAAGAAGGUGAUGAUGAUCAAAGCAUUAAAGCACACAUCAUUGUUAGAGAAAAUGUUGACACAACUCAAUCUUGCUCAGCCUUUAGACUACUCUUCAUCCUCCAACACUCAACCUUAUGGCGUUAGCACAACUCUCACUCUACCUCCCGAUGUUUCACUUCCCCCACUUUCAGUUCCCGGAAAUGCCCCUCCUUUCUGCGUUAAUCCCCCACUUACUCCUCCUUCCACCUCUUAUCCUGGUCUCAGCCCACCUCCCGGCCCAAUCACAUUACCUAACCCACCCGAUUCCUCCUCUAACCCGAACUCCAACCCCAACCCACCCGAAUCAUCCUCUAACCCGAACCCACCUGAUUCAUCCUCUAAUCCAAACUCAAACCCAAACCCACCCGAAUCAUCCUCUAACCCAAACCCACCGGAUUCUUCGUCUAACCCAAACCCACCCGAAUCAUCCUCUAAUCCAAACCCACCAAAUACCGUCCCUAACCCACCGGAAUCAUCCUCUAACCCAAACCCACCAGAGUCAUCCUCUAACCCAAACCCACCCAAUACCAUCCCAUACCCGCCUGAAUCCUCCAGCCCAAACCCGCCAGAAACAGUUCCUAGCCCUCCAGAACCUGGUUAUACACCAGGGCCUAUUUUAGGCCCACCUUACUCUGAACCGAGCCCAUCAACACCUACCGGAUCAAUUCCAAGUCCAUCAUCGGGGUUUCUUCCCCCGAUCGUCUAUCCACCGCCUAUGGCGCCACCGUCACCGAGCGUGACUCCGACCUCGGCUUACUGGUGCGUAGCUAAGCCCUCGGUCCCUGACCCAAUUAUUCAAGAAGCCAUGAACUUUGCAUGUGGGUCAGGAGCUGAUUGUCAUUCAAUUCAGCCCAACGGGCCUUGCUUUAAGCCUAAUACAUUGUGGGCCCAUGCUUCGUUCGCCUUCAAUAGCUAUUGGCAACGGACCAAAGGUACCGGUGGCUCGUGCACGUUCGGCGGCACCGGCAUGCUUGUAACCGUUGACCCAAGUAAGAGAAUUAUUCGUUUAUCAACUAUUAUUCCUUCUUUCAUCUAGAAAUUGCUGAUGUAUUGCCGGUAUUAAUCAUUUAAUUUUUUUAAUUCUUAUUGUAUGGAAAACAGGCUUUAAUGGGUGCCAUUUUGAUUUCUUCUGAUGCAUGCAUGAAGACGAAGACAUCUCUCACUUUUCACUUUUGUUGGAUACGAAUAAUAUCGAAUAAAUUUUGAUAUAAUAC